UUAACAAUCUGUGCCAAAUAAAAGACGUUUUAACAAUCUGGGAUUGUGCAUAAAACCGCCCAGGUUUCCGUGGAAUAGUUCCAAUUUCCAAAGACUGAGUUGGUGAAAAUCUUCAAAGCCCCCAAAUUUCUCUGAAACUUAUGUUGGGCAAUGGAAUUUCCUUGUUAGAGGUUUGAUAGUAUACAAAGAUUGAGGCUUUGGAGAGCAGAAGUUGGUGAAAAUUUUCAAAAGGCAAUGCGCAAUGCGCUUUUCGUCUUAGAAAUCUGAUAUUAGACAGUUUGGGUUGAGAAUAGAUUUUUUUAGUUCCAAUCGUUUACUGGUUACCACCAUGGCAGUGUCAACGCAACUCCAAUCUCUGACCAGUCUUGCUUCAUUGACUAACCGCACUAAGCUCAAGUUUCUAAGCAGCAGCUGCAUACCUUUAGCUCCCAACACAAAGCAAAGAAGCUCAGCUGCUCGAGUUUGUGCUCUGCUCUCUGCUUCGCCCAUUGUUUCUGAGAGAUCAAAGCCACCAAUAGCUUCUUUCAAGGAGUUGAUCGAGUCGUUGAUUGAUCGCGUGGAUUUAUCAGAGGCGGAGGCUGAAGAUUCAUUGGAAUUUUUGCUGAGAGAUGCUAAUGAGGCUUUGAUAAGUGCUUUCCUUGUAUUAUUGAGAGCCAAAGGAGAGACUUAUGGAGAAAUUGUAGGAUUGGCAAAGGGGAUGAUGAAGCACAGCUUGAAGAUAGAUGGCAUAGAUGAUGCAGUUGACAUUGUUGGAACUGGUGGUGAUGGCGCAAACACUGUAAACAUUUCAACAGGGGCUGCAAUACUUGCUGCAGCUUGUGGUGCAAAAGUUGCAAAGCAAGGAAGUCGUUCCAGUUCCUCUGCAUGUGGAAGUGCUGAUGUAUUAGAAGCUUUGGGAAUAAUAAUUGACUUGGACCCUGAGGGGGUAACUAGAUGUGUGAAUGAAGCAGGCAUUGGAUUUAUGAUGGCACCCAAGUAUCAUCCAGCAAUGAAUGUUGUCCGCCCUGUUAGAAAAAAGCUGAAAGUAAAGACGGUAUUUAAUAUAUUGGGACCCUUGUUGAAUCCAGCAAGAGUACCUUUUGCUGUUGUUGGUGUAUACAAGGAUGAGCUCGUCUUGAAGAUGGCUAAAGCAUUGCAAAGCUUUGGAAUGAAGAGAGCAUUAGUUGUUCACUCAGAGGGAUUGGACGAAAUGAGUCCGCUUGGACCUGGGCAUAUCCUUGAUGUGACUCCUAAUAAAAUUGAGGAGUUCUCCUUUGAUCCAUUGGAUUUUGGAAUUCCUCGCUGCACCCUAGAUGACUUGCGAGGUGGAGGCCCUGAGUAUAAUGCUGAGGCACUAAAGCGUGUAUUGUCAGGGGAGAAAGGUUCCAUUGCAGAUGCAUUUAUCUUAAAUGCUGCAGCAGCUCUCUUUGUCAGCGGUCGGGUGAACACCUUGGCCGAAGGAGUUUCGUUGGCUCGUGAAACACAAAUUUCAGGGAAGGCUAUCAGAACCCUUGAUCAAUGGGUAGACAUAUCCAAUACAAUGAAGAAAGAUACAAUUGUUUAUUAAGGAUGCCUCAGAUAUCAGUUUUGAACUCAUCAUGAUCGAGAGCCAUUGUAGAGUCUACACAUUUGAAAGAACAUAAUAAGGCAAACAGAUCUUUUUGUAAUUUACUGUUGAAUGCAAUGCAUUAGAUCAUCCCUUAAUAGGGCAGAAAGAUGUUGGCAAGAAAAAAGGGUAAGGGUAGCAAGGUGAAAUUUUGGACUUCAUGUAAAAAUAAAUAGACUUGGAAAGAAUUCCAACAUUUUUCAUCCUCUUUCAACUCCAAAGGCAAGUGUACUAUUUGCUUAUGUGAAAGUGAAACAAUGGAAGCAUAAUAACUUUCAAAAA